GAAAUGGUGUUCCUGAAAGAUUGCUAAAACAGAAUUACUGAAUAAACACCAACAUCACAAAAAAAUGACCUUCCGUGUCUAGACAAACAUAGAGGGCAGCACAAUCUACUUUUGAUCAAGGUUAUGUUUUAGGGCUGGCGCUAGAAAGCUGUGGUAUUACAAAUGCCAAGAAGCCCAAAGUUGGUUUCACUUCAGCUCUCUAUAGCUCCGUUGGCUACCAUCAUUCAAACUGAGAGUUAGCAUCACAUACCCACCAAAAGGGAUCAUGGAUUUCAAUCGGAGCCAGAACUACGGAUCCUAUCCAACAGGGCUGCCCUAUAACACAAGCAUGGACUACGAGGACUACUACCAGGAGCCUGAAGCCAGUAAAAUCAUCAUCCCCUCUAUCUAUGCUCUUGUCUGUUGUGUAGGUCUUACUGGCAAUGCCAUGGUCAUCUACGUCAUUCUGAAAUAUGCCAAAAUGAAAACGGCCACUAACAUUUAUAUCCUCAAUUUAGCAAUUGCUGAUGAGUUGUUCAUGUUAAGUGUUCCUUUUCUGGCCACAUCAGCUGCUGUUCGUCAUUGGCCCUUCGGGUCACUCAUGUGUAGGCUGGUGCUCAGUGUAGAUGGUAUCAAUAUGUUUACAUCAAUCUUUUGCCUUACUGUGCUGAGCGUGGACCGUUAUGUAGCAGUGGUCCACCCUAUCAAGGCUGCCCGCUACCGCAGACCCACUGUCGCCAAAGUAGUCAACGUGUGUGUAUGGGGGCUGUCACUCUUAGUCAUCCUGCCCAUCAUUAUCUUUGCAGACACUGUCCCAGCACAGGACGGUGGCGUGGACUGUAACUUUUUGUGGCCUGAACCAGCGUGGUCAGAGGCGUUUGUAGUCUAUACCUUCCUGUUGGGGUUUUUGCUGCCGGUCGGAGCUAUCUGCUUAUGCUACUGUCUAAUGGUGGCCAGGAUGAGAGCAGUGGGGCUAAAAGCAGGCUGGCUUCAACGCCGGCGCUCGGAGAAGAAGAUCACCCGCAUGGUGCUGCUAGUCGUGGCAGUGUUUGUUCUUUGCUGGAUGCCCUUUUACAUCGUCCAGUUGAUCAGCGUUUUCCACAGGCCCCCAGACCCUAUGGUCACUCAGCUUUUUGUCAUCCUCAGUUAUGCAAACAGUGGCGCCAAUCCUAUCUUGUACGGCUUUGUGUCUGACAAUUUCCGGCGGUCAUUCCAGCGUAUUGUGUGUUUCCGGUGGCUGGAGUCUGGGCUGGAUGCGGAGCAGGUGGAUUACUGUGCUGUAGCUUUGAAGAGACAAGCAACAUGUAGCCCUCUGGAUUUUCCCAAGGACUGUAUGGCUUCUGAUAUGGUGUUUCGCAAUGGGACAUAUACCUCCCGUACAACCACAGUGUAACAUUCAACCAGAACAGGACAUACAAAUCAGAAGUAGCCACGACCUAAAGACAAACUUUUCAACAAGGAGAGAUAUACGUUAUAAAAACAAAGCUACAUGGGUUUUGAUUAUGUCAUCCAUUGUAUGUAAUGUCCCAUUGUGCCAUACAAAAAUGUAGUUGACAUGUCAAUUCUUCAGGGUUCAUGAUAAUUUUGGGACAUGGGCCACAAAGUUGAGAAACCCUAAAAAACAACUAAUGGAUGAGCAACAAAAAGCAGCUAGACCAGCCAGCUGACAUGUUGGGAGAAAACUGACCAUGAAAAAGAUAUAUAUAACUGUAAGGACCCCACUAAGUUUCUGUU